GUCAAGCUGCUGUUUGGUGGCCAUUUCUCUUGAGGCUCAGGGGUUCGGGACCUGCGGUAGCUGCUCCAGUCACAAGGGACGGGGCGGCAGCUGGGUCGGUGGCAAAUAGCCUGCAGAAUCGCCCGUAGUCGCGAUGAGUUUACCCCUCAAUCCCAAACCUUUCCUCAAUGGAUUAACAGGAAAGCCAGUGAUGGUGAAACUUAAGUGGGGAAUGGAGUACAAGGGCUACCUGGUAUCUGUAGAUGGCUAUAUGAACAUGCAGCUUGCAAAUACAGAAGAAUACAUAGAUGGAGCAUUGUCUGGACAUCUGGGUGAAGUUUUAAUAAGGUGUAAUAAUGUGCUUUAUAUCAGAGGUGUUGAAGAAGAAGAAGAAGAUGGGGAAAUGAGAGAAUAGCAUCUUUUGGGGGGGAUUUUUUUUAUAUAUCUAGACAAUAAAGAUUUGUUUGUUUUUUCAACUUGA